AUUUAUUUAAAGUAUUUUCUUUGCUAAAUAUUUUAUAGACGUCGCCCGUGAUGAUAUGUUGUGGCGGGUCCAAGGCACAGAAGCAGAAGCGACUGGAGGAGGAGAGCAAGGACUCAACGACCCGGGGCCAGGAGCUGUACAAGCCGCUGCUCAACGAUAACCUCGUUCUGGUACAGAUUCAGAUGGUAUUUCGUCAUGGGGCACGAACACCGCUUAACUUUGUUAAAGGUCUUGAGGAGGCCACCUAUGACAUCUCCCUGGAAGAGGACAUCGAGGAGGCCGACUACGAUAUGGAGGUCGUUAAACUCAACGAUGGCUCCCCGGCCGGCAAGUCAUCCAUGGAGCCGGACUUGAGGGCCAGGAAACUAAAGGGCGGUGCGCAUGCGUCAAUCUUGACGGCAGUCGGACAGAGACAGAUGUACAAUUUGGGGGUUGUUAUUCGCAACUCGUACCUGCCUGCGCUCAAUCUUUAUCAUUACAACACAAGGGACGUAUACAUCAGAUCCUCUCAUGUUGAACGUACUGUAAAAUCCAUCAAGUGCCUGCUGGCUGGAAUCUUUGGCAAAGAUGAUCUCAACAAGGCAGGGCCUAUCAAGCUGCCCGUGAAGCACAUGUUUGAAGAAGACAUCUUCCCCAACAAACUGGCCUGCCCCGCCCUCCGCCUCAUCAUUGACCUGACCCUGUCCAACAUCGAUUCACUCCCCGGCAUGAAGCAAGACCGACAGACCGUGACCAAGGUCAUGGGUAGGUUUCAGCCCCCACCCCCAACCCCCACCCCCGGGCACGAAGCAAGACCGACAGACCGUGACCAAGGUCAUGGGUAG